AUCCAUAGAAGAAGAAGAAACCGUAGAAGAAGACAACGCGGAAGUCACUGAAAGCGGCUUUUUUUGAAACCGUAUUCAAACUUGUUGUUUUUUCGAAUCGUCAGUCAAACUCCUCCAUAAUGCUGAACAAAGCACCAAGAAUUAAACCAACAGUUAAAUCAAAAAUGAAGGGUCACGUUAACGUGAGACAGGCGUCCGAAGCAAUGAUGGAGCUUCUCACUUUGCUUUUCCUCAAGAAUUUAGCACAAGAGGCCAGAACCAAAGCGUUUGAGGACAAAUCAGCAACUAUACGAGCUCAUCAUGUAAAAGCAGUCGCCAAAAAAGUGCUGAAAAAUGCCAGAGGAUGAAGACAAUGCAUUUCAGCCAUGUUAUCUCCUGACUUUCUUGGGUUAUGUUUAAUUAUUUUUAGUUGCACAAGCAAAGUAUCUGUUCCUCGUUUUGCUGUUUUCUUUUUUUUAAUUAUUUUUGUACAUUAUAAUAAAUUGAUUCUUGCUAUUAUUGAA